AUGGCGGAGGUCACAAAUGUACUAGCAAACCAACAACCGUUUCAAGAGCCUUCUUUCAUGCGGUCGUUGGAUUUGGAGGAUAUGCAUGCACCGAAGUUUUCUCAAUAUAUAAAUGCAGAGCUUCCUGUUGUGGUGGAUGGUGAAUUCACGGUUGGAAUGAAAUUCAGUUUGAGGGAGGCAAUAAUCAAGGCGAUGAAGGAUUAUACAAUCCGUAGAGGUGUAGACUAUAAGAAGAAGUACUGUUGGAAGAUAAGAAGGUACAAUGGUAGUCACACUUGUACCAGAUCUAGUAUUUCUCAAGACCAUUCGAAAUUGGAUUCCAAGACAGUUGCAGAAGCAAUUAAGCCGUUGGUAGAUGUUGACCCAUCUAUAAAUGUGAAAUCAGUCAUUGCGGAAGUACAGUCGAAGUUUAACUACACCAUCAGUUAUCGCAAAGCAUGGUUGGCAAAGCAGAAGGCGGUGGAGUCAAUCUUCGGAGGUUGGGAAGCAUCGUACGAAGCCUUGCCCAUAUGGUUUGAGGCCAUGUGUCACAAGGAGCCGUCAGCGGUGGUUCACUUUGAAACAAUGUCUGCAUACCGGGGGGAUGAUUUGGUUCCUGAUAUCCGUGUACUGCACCGAGUCUUCUGGAGUUAUUACCCUUGUAUAAGGGCAUUCAGACAUUGCAAGCCAGUUGUGCAAGUGGACGGGACUCAUUUGUAUGGAAAAUACAAGGGUUGUUUGUUGGUAGCAGUUUCACAAGAUGACAAUAACAAUAUUGUGCCUAUUGCAUUUGCCAUAGUGGAGGGAGAGACUUCUGAGGCGUGGUACUUUUUUCUAAGUAACUUGUGCCAACAUGUGAUGACACGCGAUGGUGUAGGAUUUAUCUCUGAUCGACACGAUUUCAUCAGGUCAAAAUUGUCCCAAAUAACAACAUUAUGUGACACUUGA